AUGGAAGUGCAAUCAUUAAUUGAGUUUCAGGAUUUAACAGACCUUGAUUACAAGCCUAGUAAUACAAAUCAUUUUUACUUUCGAAAUCUACUUCCGUCCGAUAAGACAGGGAAAACUAAUAAUAAAGAAGACUAUGAUGACGAUGUUUACAAUAAAGGCAUAGAUAUGAUUGAUCUAUUUGGUGACGAAGAAGUAUAUGACGAGGAAUAUGAACAGAAAAAUCAGAAGUGCUUAAAGAAAACUCAUAGCGAUAUUGAUAUCAUAUCUAUUCGUAGACCUGCAAUCAAGAAUCCUGUUACUACAUCUAGCAUACAUAUUGUAUAUAAAAUGACAACAAUGCAAGAUCGCAAGAGCAAGCUAACUCAAGCUAUUGAUAAAAUUAUAACGCAAAAUAUUGAGGAAGCAGACUGUAAUAUUCAUGCUACUAAAGCUAUCAAUAAACUCUUAAUACAGGAGGUUGGGAAGGACUGGAAAACUUAUAUAGAAAAGCAAGAUCGUUUCAAGAGAAGCGUCAUCCUCCUCUUGUGA